CUCUCACCAUGUCCCAGCUUAAACAGAUGCUGCCUUUGAACACCAACAUCAGAGUGGCCUACGCCAAUGGAAAGGACGACGAGCAGAACUUCAUCCAGAACCUCAGCCUGUUCCUCUGCACCUUCCUCAAAGAACACGGCCAGCUCGUCGAGAAGAGACCAAACUUGCGAGAGUCACUGAUGGAGGCCCUGCACUUCAUGUUGCUGGUGUCGGAGGUUGAGGAGACUGAGAUCUUCAAGAUCUGUUUGGAGUAUUGGAACCACCUUGCAGCAGAGCUAUACAGGGAGAGUCCCUUCUCCACAUCCAGCACCCCGCUCCUGUCCGAUGUGCCGCCACGAAGACACCUCUACCUGCCCGUACUGUCCCAGGUACGUUUGCUGAUGGUGAGCCGCAUGGCCAAACCAGAGGAGGUGCUGGUGGUGGAGAACGACCAGGGUGAGGUGGUCAGGGAGUUCAUGAAAGACACGGACGCCAUUAACCUCUACAAGAACAUGAGGGAGACUCUCGUGUACCUGACUCAUUUGGACUACGCCGACACGGAACGCAUCAUGACUGAGAAGCUCCACAAUCAAGUCAACGGCACCGAGUGGUCGUGGAGGAACCUGAACAUGCUCUGCUGGGCCAUUGGCUCCAUCAGCGGUGCGAUGCACGAGGAAGACGAGAAGAGAUUCCUGGUCACAGUCAUCAAGGACCUGCUCGGCUUGUGUGAACAGAAGAGAGGUAAAGACAACAAAGCCAUCAUAGCGUCCAACAUCAUGUACAUCGUGGGACAGUAUCCUCGCUUCCUGCGAGCCCACUGGAAGUUCCUCAAGACCGUCGUCAACAAGUUGUUUGAGUUCAUGCACGAAACACAUGACGGCGUACAGGACAUGGCGUGUGACACCUUCAUCAAGAUUGCUCAGAAGUGCCGUCGUCACUUUGUUCAGGUUCAGGUGGGGGAGGUGAUGCCUUUCAUCGACGAGAUCCUCAACAACAUCAACACCAUCAUCUGUGACCUGCAGCCACAGCAGGUCCAUACAUUUUACGAGGCGGUGGGCUACAUGAUUGGGGCUCAGACCGAUCAGGCAGUUCAGGAGCUUCUCAUAGAGAAGUACAUGCUGCUCCCGAACCAGGUGUGGGACAGCAUCAUCCAGCAGGCGACCAAGAAUGUGGACAUCCUGAAGGAUGCUGAGACGGUGCGUCAGCUGGGCAGCAUCCUAAAGACAAAUGUCCGAGCCUGUAAAGCUGUCGGUCAUCCCUUCGUCGUUCAGCUGGGACGAAUCUAUCUGGACAUGCUUAACGUUUACAAGUGUCUGAGUGAAAACAUUUCCUCGGCUGUCCAGACUAAUGGAGAGAUGGUGACCAAACAGCCUCUGAUCAGGAGCAUGAGGACGGUGAAGAGAGAGACGCUGAAGCUGAUCUCGGGCUGGGUCAGUCGCUCCAACGACCCGCAGAUGGUGGGAGAGAACUUUGUGCCCCCCCUGCUGGAGGCUGUGCUCAUCGACUAUCAGAGGAACGUCCCAGCUGCCCGCGAGCCUGAGGUCCUCAGCACCAUGGCAACCAUCGUCAACAAGCUGGGAGUGCACAUCACCGGGGAGAUCCCCAAGAUCUUUGACGCUGUCUUCGAGUGCACUUUGAACAUGAUCAACAAGGACUUUGAAGAAUUCCCAGAACACAGAACUCAUUUCUUCUACCUCCUUCAAGCCGCCACGUCCCAGUGUUUCCCAGCCUUCCUGUCCAUCGCCCCGGCCCAGUUCAAACUGAUACUGGACUCUAUCAUCUGGGCCUUCAAGCACACGAUGAGGAAUGUGGCCGACACAGGUCUACAGAUCCUGUACACUCUCCUGCAGAACGUGUCCGCGGAGGAAGCGGCAGCACAAAGCUUCUACCAGACGUACUUCUGUGACGUCCUGCAGCACAUCUUCUCUGUGGUCACUGAUACCUCUCACACUGCAGGUCUGACGAUGCACGCCACCAUCUUGGCCUACAUGUUCAACCUGGUGGAGGAGGGGAAGGUGAGCGUGGCCCUGAGCACGGCCAGCCCCGCCAACAACCAGGUGCACGUCCAGGAGUACAUUGCCAACCUGCUGAAGACGGCUUUCCCCCACCUGCAAGAUGCCCAGGUGAAGGUGUUUGUAACAGGUCUGUUCAGCCUGAAUCAGGACAUCGCUGCCUUCAAGGAGCACCUGAGGGACUUCCUGGUGCAGAUCAAGGAGUUUGCCGGCGAGGAUACGACGGACCUGUUUCUGGAGGAGAGGGAGGCGUCUCUGCGCCAAGCCCAGGAGGAGAAACACAAGCUCCAGAUGUCGGUGCCCGGAAUCCUCAACCCCCACGAGCUGCCUGAGGAGAUGGGCGACUGAAGGAGGAGUGGCGGUGGCGACCAGCGUGUCCAGAACAAAUCUGAAGGGGGAAAGGUCGAGAGAGCAAGGACGCUUCCUGUCGAUACAUUUUCUUUUCAAGUGUGUUUGUGUGCAAGUGUGUGUGUGUGUUUGAAAAGAACGAGGGGCCAGAGAAAAGGACCCCAGCACUCGGUUGUACAUCGACCAAAUCUAUGUCAAUAUGUAAAUGAGAAUAUUCCCCACGAACCCUCCACCCUGGCGCGAUUUCCUUUUUUCCCUCACAAACUUAUUU